GCGCGGCUGCUGUCAGUCAGACAAAGACAGUCAGUCAGUCAGUCAGGGCGAGUCUUCCUCACAACAUCACAUAAAAUAUCAUCUUCAUCACCUGACAGAGCGCAUUAAAUGAUCUGCUGCGCUGAGAUAUUGUGUAUUUUCCUCAUUCCAGAAUGUCUCACUACACAGAUGAGCCACGCUUCACCAUCGAACAGAUCGACCUGCUCCAGAGACUGCGGCGUACAGGUAUGACCAAACCUGAGAUAGUGCACGCCCUGGACACCCUGGAGCGACUCGACCGCGAGCACGGGGACAAAUUCGGCCGGCGCGGCCCGUCGGACUCCAACGCCACCAACAGCACCACCUCCAGCACUACACCCACCUCAAAUAACGCUAGCAGCGCUACUAUGGCAACUUCCUCCACCACUUCCACAGCGACGCAGACGCAGUUCCAUGGCAACUUAUCGCCGUCGCCCAACAACAGUUACGCCACGUCUCCACCUGCGGUCUUACCCUCGCCUGUCUCUCUGGUUGCCAUGGUGCAGAAUGGGCGGGACGCUUUGGCAGCCACACCCAAUGGGAAACUAUCACCGAACCGUUGCCCGGUAAACAGUGCGGCGGCAAUGAGGUCGUACGGGCUGGAGGGGUCAGAGGAGGACCUGGAUAUAGACGACAAGGUGGAGGAGCUCAUGAGGCGGGACAGUACCCUGGUGAAAGAGGAAAUCAAAGCCUUUCUGGGCAACAGACGCAUCUCACAGGCUGUGGUGGCUCAGGUCACAGGCAUCAGUCAGAGCAGAAUCUCUCACUGGCUCCUCCAGCAGGGCUCAGAUCUCAGCGAACAGAAGAAACGAGCUUUCUACCGCUGGUACCAGCUUGAGAAGACCACGCCAGGUGCCACACUAAAUAUGCGACCCACCCCUGUAUCUCUGGAUGAGAUGGAGUGGCGUCAGACUCCGCCCCCCAUAAGCUCCACCCCUGGAAGCUUCCGUCUGCGCAGAGGCAGUCGGUUCACCUGGAGGAAGGAAUGUCUCGCUGUGAUGGAGAGUUAUUUCAGUGAUAAUCAGUAUCCAGAUGAAGCCAAAAGAGAGGAGAUCGCCAACGCCUGCAAUGCUGUUAUUCAGAAACCAGGAAAGAAGUUGUCUGACUUGGAAAGAGUCACGUCCUUAAAAGUGUACAACUGGUUUGCCAAUCGACGCAAAGAGAUCAAGAGGAGGGCCAAUAUUGGGUCUUUUUUCCAAGAAGCCACAAUUCUGGAAAGCCACGGGAUAGAUGUGCAGAGUCCUGGAGGACACUCCAACAGUGACGACGUUGACGCCAACGACUACAAUGAGCAGGGUUGUGAUGUUACCUAUUUUGAAAAGAGAAGUGUGAACAGACCUUUUGGUUACUACCGUCUGGAGCCCACCUCACCAACACAGGAUGACGCCGGUAAUCACGCAGACCACCAGGACCCCAUCUCUCUCGCCGUGGAGAUGGCAGCUGUCAAUCACAGCAUCCUCGCCCUGUCCCGUCCAGGAGGCGUGGCCAGUGAAAUCAAAACAGAGGCACUGGAUGACGACUGAGGAAGACCGCAGGACGAUGAGAAUCAACGUGUGGAUGAUUGCAGACGUGUUCAUGGGGCAAUGACCAAAUCAGCGCUCUGUCUCAAGCUUUUAGAUUCUAAUAACGCCUGCCAUCGACACUCCUGCUGAACCACUACACAAACCCAGAGUACAGGACAAGUGGACGGUUGUUCCACCAUGUUGGUCCAUCACCUACGCCUCUUAUUUAAGCCUCCCGAACCCUUGCAGAGAAGCUGACCCAAACCUCAUACCUCAUUCCAGUUCCAGUAACUCGUAUAAUGUUCGUGUGCUUCCUGUCUCUGUGCUCCAGUAACUCUCAUCCCCUCGUUCUCACGGAUAAGCUCAAGGCAGAUCGUUUAGGAGAGAGGUGAGUCUGAUAGCAAAAUGUGCAGAGACGUUUUCAGACGGCAAAGCUGUACUUUAUUUCCGCUCUGGAUCAAUGAUGAACUCUUCCAUUCCCACUACAGAUGUUCUCAGUUAACUGGUUUAAUGUUUCUGCUUUAUUUUUGUAUGGUAUUUCAUCAAGCAGCAAUUGGGUGAAUCUCAUGAAAACUGUCUACACAUUUCACCACAAAUGAAAGGGAGAGAAAAAAUAUAUAUAGCAAAGAAAAAAACAAUGUUUUGAGGACAGCUAAGAUCAUUUUUUGCAUAUUUUAAAACAAAUUUUCCUCUCAAAAUUUUCAUUACUGGAAUCAGGGCUUGACAUCAACACCCGCCAACAUGCCAAGUGCGGGUGUAUUUCAGCAGGGGCGUGUAACGCAGUCAUUCCUGCGGGUUGAAUUUUAUAUAUAAUAUAUACAUUUUUCAAUUGUAGUCUUUUAAAAAGGCAUCUGAAAUAAUGAACUAAGUCUAAUGUAGUGUUGUCAAAAAUAUCGAUUUUUCGAUACAUAUCAAUAUUGAAAUAUCUGAUCACUUCCAAUACUUAUUUUCCUCAGAAUAGAUACACAAUACCAGCUGCUCUUUCUCUCUCUGACAGUGAGUCGACACACAAACCUGCCUCAUUUCAUUUGCUCCAGAUGAAUAUUCUUGGUGUUACAGGGCUUGAAUUUUAGCGUGGGAUUGUGCAUAAUUUUACCCAUUCCCACAGACCAAAGUGCGGCACAUGAAGCCGCCUCUCACUACUAAAUUUAGUUAUUUUUCACUGCUUAUUACACUUAAACAGUCAAAUACACACAAAAUAAUGUCAAAAUGCCGGUCUUGGCGAGUAUUCAUGUAAACACAAUCGGUUGAGAAAGAAAACGCAUGUGUAACAGUAUAAUGGAUCAGUGCAUCAGGUCUUAAAGUGACAGCAGCCUAAUAUACCUGCUGCCAAAUUAUGAGAUAAUAUUCAAAAUAUUUAUACGGCAGUGUUUCCCCAUGGUAUCAAAGACAAAAUUGUCCAGUGAAAAUGCUGAGUAACUUUGGGAAACCACUAGCCACAGUGGCUGGUGAGCAAAAAAGUUCAUGUCAAGCCCUGUCUGUAAUGCAGGAAAAAUAUUUCAAUUGAAAAAAAAAUAUGGUAAAAAUAAUAAUAAAUUAAAAAUAAUAAAACAAUUUUGUUGGAAAAUAUGCAGAAUUGCAAAAAUGUAUGAUUUUCAUUUUGAUUUGCAGGUGAGUUUUUUUUUUGUGAAAUUCACCCAACUGCAUUAUACUGUACUUUCAUGAGCAAAGGGGGAAAACUGAAUUAUAAUCAUAGUAAAACUUGAAAGAUGUGGUUACAUAACCGCCAAAGCGCAAGUUAUUCUGUGCAAAAGCUAAAGUCUCCUAGACUCUAAAUGAACCUGCAAAGAGAGACUUCCUUCAGCUUCCUUUAUUUUAAACCGUUCAAUGUCUAGCAUUACCCACAGUCAAUUAAUGCAUUAUUCUUAUGUUUGUAUUUAUUUAACUUUUAUGUUUUUAUUAACGUGCAAUUCACUCAAAGAGUCGAGACCGAAGCAUCUGUUCUCAUUGUGUUUGGAUAUUUAGAUUUAAAGAUGUCAACGUGAAAUAUCAUUCCUCUAAAAAUUGUUGGCUCAGGGCGACAGCAGUCAGAACUCCCCAUUGCAUAAUGGUGCUGCGUCCUCAAGGCUUUAUUAUUAUUAUUGUGAAAUGACAUCAGAAUUUCACAGUGUUCGAAAGAGACUGACUAAUAAAUGUUUCCUCUGCUGCCACAGAGAUUCUGAGAGUCUGAACUCUCACCUAACAUAAGCUUGGUUCCAAAAUGUAGCUUAAUGUAUUCAGAAAAGGUUCUAAAAGAACUUUAUUCACUCGCUGGGCUUCAUUCAUUUUAUAAAAAGCGAGCAGAACAAAUAUUCGUAGAACAAUUCUUGCGUAAAUUAUCUGCAACAGUUUUAAAGUCAAUCUCACAUAAAUGAUCAAUUUCAACUCAAAACGACAGUUACGUAAGAAUGGUUUUGACAGAAGUUUGUUAUGCUUGUGUCAUGAACGAAGCCCUGAUUUUAUGUAUCCUUCCUCUAUCUUCCUGUGUACAAUUGUUCAAUUGAUAUUUACGAAAUGACAAGAUUCUUUUUAUUUGAUUGUUUUACACAGUUUUUGUUAUGUUCAGAGCAGUCUCCUAAAGCGUGUCUGAUUCAGAUGAAGCACCCCCUUCACUUAAACUCACUAUUUUAUUUGCCACAUUUUUUAUUCCAAGUUUGUUGAAUUUGAACAUUGUAGCGAUGUACAAAAAAAGCUCUUUCUACUGCUGUAAUGUUCAGAUGCUCUUUUACAGUUGUAUUUAUAGAACAAGAAAAAAACUUAAAAGGAAGGAAACUUCCUUGUUCAUGGCUGUGUGUCAUUAGAGCCAAUGUGCCAAACUGCAGUAUGACGUUGAGUAUUGACAUUUAUAUUAUCUCACAGUGACAUACUACGAAUGACUCAAGUGUUUGAUUCCAGAGCAGCGAACAGCUUUAUUCUGUGAACCCAUGACGUAACCCUGCUGGUUUAAAGGGGGUGCUUUCCAUUUAGUUCUUCAGAGUGCAUUUUCAUAUGUCUAUAAACGAAAAAUCUAUAGGCUUAUAAAGGCAACUGUAUAAAUAAACAGAAUACAGUAACUAUGAAUUUAAAGAUUGUUUGAAUCAAAUAAUUAUGAUUUCAAAAGCAUUCUGUUCUGAAUCAUCUGUAUCUCCAUUUAAGAAUUUAGUGCCUUUUUUGGACAGUAGACUGUUCUGUAAGUAUACUAUAGUAUAUAUAUGAACUUUUUGUACAGUUUCUUUGUUUAAAAUGACUUUUUUUAAAACUUGUGUUUAUUUUAGUACUUUAUCUUCUGGAAAAUAAAGGUAUAUUGAUGAUCAA